GAAGAGAGGAGGGGGAGAGAGAGAGAGAGGGAGAUGUUUACAAUUGAACUUUCCAUCAGCAUCGAUGCAGUAGAUCUUGGGAUGUAUUUUUUUUAAUCUCUGUGGAUGCUCUGUUGGGUGAUAUUUCAAACCUAUUUUCAACUCCGAAAUUGGAUUUCUAACUCCAUAAAUCUGUUGGAUUCUGAUAAUGAGCAUCUCUGACCAGCAAAGCAGCUCUCCCCGAUUGGGUCUGGGGGAGUAAAAAGGGAGAGAGGGAGAGAGGGAGAAAUGCACACACACACACAACGUUAAAGCUUUCCUCCUGCAAAUUGCUAACGCUAAUCUGCUCCUGUCCAAGGAACGAUUGGACUAACUUAACUACAUGAGCACAACCUCAGCAUCUCCAUCACCGCCCACUUCAUCCACCGACACCAAAAACCUGGAUUUCACUGCCCUGCACUGAAACCCCAUUGCUUUGGAAAAGAGACAGAGAGAGAAAGAAAAAAAGGAAAAGAAAAAAAAGAGAGAGGAUAAAUUAACAAAUGAGACAGACGCCCCACGAGUCAAAAAGCAACACAGAAACUGGAAGAGAGAGGAUACAGACCUUCUGCUGUUAGUCUGGAUCCACAACUCAAGGGCCUCAUGUAACAGGGACGACGUACAGCAUCCACUGUUCUAAUGGUUUGAUGGAGAAUUGGUCGGAUGACAGCUGGAACCGUUGUUAUCACCGGUGGAAUACUAGCAACAGUGAUACUGCUGUCUAUCAUAACUGUGCUCUGUUACUGUAGACUCCAGUAUUAUUGCUGCAAGAAAGAUGAAUCGGACGAUGAGGAGGAAGACUCUGAUUUUCCCAAUUAUCCGCACUUCCCAUGUAAUGCGUGCGGGGUGCAUGUUGUGGACGGGUCAGCCAACGAGUUCACUUCUCCGCUGGAGCCGAGCCAGACAGCCACGAGAAAGCACUGCCCCGGCUGCUCGCCCCGGCACUCGCCUUUUUACAUACGGACUACUGACGACAUGCGCAAUGGAGGCGAGCGCGUCACCUACACGCCGACCCGGUACAAACAGCCAGGGAUGGGCAUCAAAAUGUCUACGCUUCAAAGUUUCCCAAUGAACCAGCAAAGCUUUGCCCAGGACACCUUUGCGAACGUUAGGGCUAUAAGUACUGAAGUAUGAAUGACAGCCAGACUGGUAUGUGUGUGUGUUGGGAAGUGACUGAAGCAAUGGGUUGGGGUGUCUUUCUAUUCCAGACACAGCUGGAGUUACAGUCCUAGAACAAUACAAAAGAAAUAACAAGAU